UGGAUAUAUCUGCCUCAAAGACCGACCCAAUGUGACGCAUAUAAGUAGGAGUUGUACUCGCAGUUGCGAUUCCAUCUUCAUCUAAAAUCCCAUUCUCAUCUUGCGUUCUACUGCAUCAAUAUAGCAACAAUGGCUGGUCCAGUCCCUAAACCAGAGUCCCUUCUGGGCUUCCAUCAGGUUUUGUCACCCACUGGUGGCAUCAAAGUGUCUCCGCUAUGCCUGGGUACUAUGAAUUUUGGAACAACCUGGGAACCAUACAUGGGCGAAUGCAGCAAGGAAGAAUCCUUCGCAAUCAUGAACACCUUUUUCGAUCACGGUGGAAACUUCAUCGACACUGCCAACGUUUACCAGGACGGACAAUCCGAACAAUGGAUUGGAGAAUGGAUGAAGAAACGUGGGAAUCGAGACCAGAUGGUCAUCGCAACCAAAUACACGACCGGGUUCCGCCGCACACAUAUAUCCACUGAGCCCAUCCAAUCGAACUUCGUCGGAAAUUCCGUGAAGUCCAUGAAUCUGUCCGUCAAGAACAGUCUCGAAAAGCUUCAAACUGACUACAUUGACAUUCUCUAUGUGCACUGGUGGGACUUUACCACCAGCGUGGAGGAAGUCAUGCAUGGCCUGAACGCACUCGUCUUGGCCGGGAAGGUCCUCUAUUUGGGUGUCUCUGGUACUCCUGCUUGGCUGGUAGUUAAGGCAAAUGCCUACGCGCGCGCGAACGGACUCAGACCAUUCUCUGUCUAUCAGGGCAAGUGGAAUGCUGGAUUCAGAGAUAUAGAAACGGAGAUUGUGCCCAUGUGUCGGGACCAGGGGAUGGCAAUCGCGCCUUUUGCAGUGCUAGGCCAGGCGAAGUUCAGACCUGCAGAGCAGCGCAACGCGGAGUACAAGGGCUCUGGACGAGCGGCACUACGGGGCGAAGAAGAUGACAAGGUUUCUGAUGUGUUGGAGGCUGUUGCCAAGCGGAAUGGGACAAAUCUCUAUGCUAUUGCACUCGCAUGGGUUCGCUUCAAGGCACCCUACGUCUUCCCCAUUAUUGGCCAACGGAGCGCAGCGCAUAUGAAAGCCAACAUUGAAGCUCUGAGCCUGGAUUUGUCGAAGGAGGAUAUGGAUGAGAUUGAUAAGGCCAUUAAGUUCAAUCCUGCCUUCCCACUGGACUACCUCCUCGCCGAGAAUUUCAGUACCGCGUUUACUGCAGCAGAUGUGCAAUUGACGAAGUGGACCGCGCAUAUCGAUGCUCCUACUCCUGUGAUGCCGGUCAGACCACGUAAGGAUUUGUGAAUUAAAUGAGGGGUUGUUGUGGGUGCUUCAUCUGCUAUUGAUGCUAUGAGAGGAUAAUAAAAUCAGUGUCAUUAUAGAGGUUACUGGACAGUCCGCGAGCUUGAUCUCAGGUGUGGAUAGGCCAAUAUAGUCAGACAUUAAGUUGUCUAGACGAAUAUCGAGUGCGCUAGUAUACAUAACAUGUUUCUAGUUCCUAACAUGUCUUCCACACCUGGGAAUAUGUGUAUUAAGAGUGGGGUGACCCCUAGGGAAGCAGAAUCAACAGAAUAUUCGUACAUGGUUGCAUCAAAAUCUGCU